GUUUAAUCUCUCCUAAAUAAUUAGGGUUUCGCUUUGCACUUUCUUUCAAAAACUAUUCUACCGCUUGAAUGAAGAAGCCUCAUCAUAAGAUAUGGGGAAUCAAAUGCAGAAGAGUAUCUCAGAUAAGAAUGAUCAGUUGCAAACGAGUUACACGUUCGAGAUAGAUAACUUCUCCGACAAUAUAUAUCCGAUAAAGUCUCCAAAGUUUUUAAGCGGCGGGUGUGAAUGGUAUCUUCUAGUUCAUCCCAAGGAAACCAUAUUAUUUGAUGAUCACUUGAGUGUGUACCUAUGCGUUUAUAAUCCUAAAUCAUUGCGAACUGGAUGGGAAAGGAAAGCUAACUUUCGAUUCACUCUUUUGAACCAAUCCGGAAAGGUUCUCCACCGCGCAACUGAAAGAUCAUGUUUAUUCUGCGCUCAGCUCUCACCCUGGGGUCAUAAGACAUUGCCACUUAGCAAGCUUAAAGAAGAAGGAUUUCUGGAAAAUAGCAAACUGAUCAUUAAAGUGGAUGUAGAAGUAGUUGACAUUGUUCAUGAAGCAGAGUUAACCGGGCAAGAGACGUUAGUUCUCAAGGGUUUUGAGGUUCUUUAUAGUCAGUAUGAUUCGGUGCACAAAAUUUUCAAGGAACACCCAAACAUUGCUAUUGAUUUCAAACCAAAGGACAAAGGUGUGAAGGCAGCAUACAUGAAUCUUCUUCUCAGCCUCAUCGAGACACUGCGCAAGCCUCCACAGAGCUUUUCUAAUACUGAGCUAAGCAACGCUGAGAGCCAGUUGAAUGAGCUAGCAGAAGCGGGAUUCAAGCUGGAUUGGUUAAAGUCAAAGCUUGAGGAGGUGUCCUUGGAGAGAAACAAUGCAGAUGCGGAUGGAUCUUGGGUCCAAGAAGUUGAGCAACGCAUCAAGAACCUGGAGCUGACUUUGUUGGAUCUCAAAGUUGAACUGAAAAGGGAAAAGUCUAAAUCUGCUGCUGCUGCUGUUGCUAAGCUUGUGUCUUUUGACGACAUUGUUUUACGUCGAAAAUAAAAGUCUGGAGGUUCAUGUAAUUCUUCUGUAAUUUAUGGUUACUAUGGUCAUUGUUUUUUUUUUGUAAACUGCUUUUGUACUAUGUUCAUUGUUGCAUCUUCUUUUUAGUUCUCAUCACUUUUCAACACAA